GUUCGGCCUGCGGCCUUGUGGCUGAAUGUGCAAUUGCGCACAGGUCUGUGCACGUUCAGGGGGCGAGGGGUGCCACGCGAAAAGUUUGAUCAUGUGGAGUGAGACGGACAAGACGGGCGGCGGCGGCGGCGGCUUCCUCAGCCCGUCUGCCGGCCAGUUCGGCUCGCCAAGCGCCGGCGCCUCUGCCGAGAAACGGCCCGACCGUAUCCAGAGUGUGGUGCCCGUGGACGUGUCGACCGUGCUGGCCACGCCGCCCGACCAGCCACUGCGCGUCGGCGGCGAGGAGGUGCACAUGGCCGUGCUGGCCGGCCGCCUGGAGAUGAUAGACCGUGCCGCCACCAAGGUGGGCUACACGCUGACCGACGACACCGGCUCCGUGUCGGCUGUGCGCUGGCUGGACCCGGAGGCCGGCGCCGAGCCGGACGGCGAUCUGGCCGAGGGCAUGCUCUGCCGUAUGGUGGCGCGCGUGCGGCCGAGCAAGGGCGGCGGCCCGCCGUCCGUCAUGUGUUUCAACCUGGAAGCCAUCACGCCCGAGGAGCAGCUCAUCCACCGGCUGGAGGUGCAGCACGCGCUGCUCAAGAUCCAGCAGGUGGCGGCGCUGGCGGCCGGAGGCGGCGCUGCGGGCGCUGGAGGGCUGCCCAACUCCACCGUCGGCGGCGGCGGCGGCGAGGUGCCGAUGGUGAUGGGCGGCGGCAUAGUUGGCCUGACGCCGCAGCAGCAGAUGGUGUACUCGGCCAUCCACGCGUGCGACAGCGACCAGGGUGUGCACCGCGACCAGGUGUACGCGAGCGUGGCCGGCAAGCUCCCCCGGCCCGAGGUCGACCGCAUCGUGGAGUUCCUCAGCAAUGAAGGUCACAUCUACAACACCACCGACGACGACCAUUACAAGGCUACCGACUGUUAGAGGCUGGCAGUUUGCUGUGUUGCGGGUGCCCAAGUCUUCGAGACGUGCACUUCAGGAUGCUGGCGGCCUUAGUUGCACUCACGGUGACUGCGGACCUGCUGGCCAAACCGUGAUCGCCGCUGGCUGAACAGGGGAGUCUUUUGUUUGAGCAUCUUUCGUUCAGCAUUUCUAUGAAUCUGGCAAGAUGUCAUAAUCGUUGUGACUGGAGAGGAACGGGGGUCAUGCUCCAAGGCUGCGUCUAGCUAGAACACUGUUUCCCUUCGGAAAAGCCGAAAUGCAUUACAUCUACACACAAUACGUGUACUUUCCAUGUACAUUGUGCAGAGAAAGGGAAUUUCAUGUGUGCCUUCAUUGAACACAUUUACUGGAAAAGCUGUUAUGUUAUUUUCUUCAUGGCAUCGCUGUGAGCACAUUUACCACGUGAAUACACCAGAAACCGCCGUGUU